UUCCUCAUCCUGCUCUUCACGGAAAGCGCCCAGCAGAAGUGGGUGAAGUGGCGCAUCACUUCUGCCCCACAUUUCUGCACAUUAAAAGCAUCCCAUGCAGCCGCUCUGAUGUUCUUCACUCCUGACACCAAUGCAGUUCAGACCUCAGGAAAGACCAAAAUGCCUGUAGACUUCAGUGGAACCUGGGAUAUUGUCAGCAAUGUCAACUUUGACGGCUACAUGGUAGCACUUGGUAUUGAUUUUGCAACCCGCAAAAUGGCCUCGCUGCUGAAGCCCCAAAAAGUGAUCAAGCAAGAAGGAGACUGUUUCACAAUUCACACGCUGACUUCCUUCAGAAAGUAUGAGUGCUCCUUCAAAACUGGACAGAGCUUCACAGAGGUGACUAAAGGAAUGGACAACCGAACAUGCCAGACUGUGGUGAACUGGGAAAACGACAGGCUGGUCUGUGUUCAGAAAGGAGAAAAAAGAAACAGGGGCUGGACUCACUGGAUUCAGGGAGACGAGCUUCAUCUGGAAAUUACAUGUGAGGAUCAAGUCUGCAAGCAAAUUUAUAAAAGGUCUGAGUGAUCAGUGUUGUGUUUUCUGUGUUAUUUAUCUGCUUAACCACAUACUGCAGAUGGAAAACACUGAUGAUCAUUGUUGCUGGUUAAUUACUGGCAGCUGGAUGCCAGUAAUUAUUGUAAAGCAUUUUACAACUUUAUUACAGUGAAAUACAGUACAUAUAUAUUAGAUAUUUUACUAUAUAUAUAUAUAUAUAUAUA